AGCUGGGGCUCGCGCCAGCCCGGGGUCCCCCUUUUAAACGUCUCUUUACCGCUGCGCUGCCCACGUCGCCGACCCGGCACGGUGCCGUCUGCGCGCCCCGAGCGCGAGCCAGCCUUGGCUCUGGGCGUGGACGGGGCCUCGUCGCUGUUCGCGCCCACGUGGCUGCGAGGUCAGAACCCGGUUGCCGAAGCAGCCCAGGACGGCCGGGACAAGCCCAAGUCGCCCCGCGAGGACGAGCCGGAGCAGGCCCAGAUCAGGGGCCCCGGGAACGGGCCCCGGAGGGGGGCGCCCCAGGAGAAACGGGAGGAGGCGCAGCUGGACCGCCCUGGGCAAGGGGCCGGCCGGGCGGAGAUGCUGGACCACGCGGUGCUGCUGCAGGUGAUCCAGGAGCAGCAGGUGCAGCAGAAGCGGCUCCUGGACCAGCAGGAGAAGCUGCUGGCCGUGAUCGAGGAGCAGCACAAGGAGAUCCACCAGCAGCGGCAGGACGGGGAGGACGCGGACGGGCCGCCAGAGCCUGGAGCCGCAGCUCCCCGGAGUAAGGAGGAGGUGCAGGAUGGGAAACUGGGGGGCUCUGUGCCACGCACCCCCGCCCAGCCUUUGGACACUGCGCUGGGAGCCCCCGGGCGGCACCCCGCCCCCCCGCCAGGGCCCGGCCAGCGCACCAGGGAGGGGCCCCAGGAGGGCUUUUAA